AUGGACAACGGAGAGAGUUCCUCGUUGAACCCACCCCGGUCGCUGCCAAUUUCGACCUCGUCCAUUCGAUCGACGUCGCCAGCACCGGAGGGAAACAGACAAGCUUCGAUUGCCCGACUUGCCUCGCCGGUUCCUUCGCCAGCUCUGGGAACUUCGUUAUCGUCUCGUCAAGGUAUUCCGACCGGCCGCCCCGUCUCCACCACGAAUACCAACAUAGCAAACUCCAACGACCAAAAUUUUCGAUAUGUGGAUGACCCAUCUUCACUUCCUGGUCCAGGCCAGUCUAUGAUUGCUUCCCAACUGCAAGAGAGCCUCGGUCGCUCGCCCCCGAAUUUCGGGACCCCCUCGCGGGUCGCUGCGUCUCCGGCUCUGCAUGCGGUGCAAGAUAACCGACCUCUGGGCUCCCAGUAUGGUUCAUUCGACACCAAGACUGGCUCCGAAUUUAAUGGAGGGCAGCCUUACGAAGAUCACGAGGUGGUGAGAAGACAUCUGGUCAUGCCACAACAUGCAUCGGAGGCCCGAGAAACUCCGUCGGAGCUUGGCACCAGCAUGGGUGAUGAUGAGUUCUCCAGUCUGCAGCUGCAGGGUGGAGACAUUACUCGGCAGGUGUAUAAAUGGGCCGAAGAUGCGGAGGCGGAGGCCGCAGGUCGGUUUGCCCGCAGCAAGAGUUUUAGCGUCAGUCGACCUACCCCUGAGCAAGAAACAGAAGAUAUCCACACGAUACGGGUCCCUGGUGGUUUCCGUCGUGACUACUUGCGCAGAACCGCAGGAAGUCCGCACCGGGGAAGUGUUCAAGGAUCGAAUUCAGGAGCUGCCGCCCCCGCGCACCCUCAGCUUCCCACUACAAGCUUUAUCGAGUUUCUAUCUCUUUAUGGACAUUUCGCUGGUGAGGAGUUGGAGGAGGAUGAUGAAGUGCUAGGACCAGAUGAGUACUUUUCCUCCGAGUCCUGGGAUGAAGCCGAAGGUCGAGCGUCCGGAGAAGAUGCAGCCCUGCUCCAAGGAGAGGGGGCUGGCCGCCGAAAGCGCAAGCACAAGCAGCGUGCUCCUGCUGGAAAUACUACAGCGACUGGCGCGGUUAUGCUACUGCUCAAGUCGUUUGUGGGAACAGGAAUUCUGUUCCUGCCUCGUGCGUUCUUGAACGGAGGCAUGCUGUUUAGCAGCAUGGUGCUGCUGGGAGUUUCCUGUUUGAGCUACUAUGCCUUCAUUCUGCUGGUGAAUACUCGCAUGAAGAUCGAAGGCUCCUUUGGUGAUAUCGGUGGUAUUCUGUAUGGAAAGCACAUGCGACGCAUCAUCCUAGGAUCGAUUGUUUUGAGCCAGUUGGGAUUCGUCUCCGCAUAUAUUGUCUUCGUUUCCCAGAACCUUCAGGCAUUCGUACUUGCUGUGAGCAAGUGCAAGUCUUUCAUCGAUAUCAAGAUCAUGGUGUUGAUGCAACUGGUUAUCUUCUUGCCUCUCUCCCUGAUUCGUGAUAUCAGCAAACUCGGUUUCACCGCACUGAUCGCUGAUGCCUUCAUCUUGCUUGGCCUGCUAUACAUCUACUACUACGAUGCGAGCACUCUCAUUGGCAAUGGUGGCAUUGCGGAUAUCAUUGACUUCAACCCGACAACCUGGUCCAUGUUCAUUGGCACGGCGAUUUUCACCUACGAGGGUAUUGGCCUAAUUAUUCCCAUCCAGGAAUCGAUGAAGGAGCCACGCCGAUUCCCGGGUAUUCUAGCCGGCGUUAUGAUUAUCAUUACCUUGAUCUUCUUGUCCGCCGGUGGCCUGAGCUACGCUGCCUAUGGAUCGGCCACGAAGACGGUCAUUCUUCUCAACCUGCCCCAAGAUGACAAGUUCGUCAACGUGGUUCAGCUCCUCUAUUCGCUAGCGAUUUUGUUGAGCACACCGCUGCAACUUUUCCCCGCCAUCCGUAUCCUGGAAAACGAACUCUUCACCCGCAGUGGCAAGUACAAUCCAUACAUCAAGUGGAAGAAGAACGCCUUCCGUUUCUUCUUGGUGAUUCUCUGUUCCAUCGUCGCCUGGGCCGGUGCCGAUAAUCUGGACAAGUUCGUUUCGCUGGUCGGAAGCUUUGCCUGUGUCCCUCUUAUCUACGUCUACCCACCCCUGCUCCACCUCCGAGCCUGCGCCCGUUCCAGACGGCAGGCAAUUGCCGACGUGACUCUGACUGUCUUUGGUGUAAUUUGCUGCAUCUAUACGACAUUCCUGACACUUCAAAACUGGGCUGCUGGCGCCGGUGACGUUCCCAGUCCCGGGUACUGUGAUCCG